GUCCCACGAAGAUAAGAAAGUGGCAAAGUGCUAGCUAGUCAGACUGCAAACUGCCAAACUCCCGUCCCGUCCCGUCCCGUCCCCUCCCCUCCCCUCCCCUCGAAACAAGACCAGAAAAUUUUCCAUAACUCACCUCCCAUUAAAGAAAGCCAUAUCUCUCUCUCUCUCUCUCUCUCUCUCUCCAAAAACAAAAAAAAAAAAAGGAAAAGAAAAGAAAUUGAAGGCCUUAGGAAAAGAGGUCACAUUCCCUCCAUCUCAAGGGAACAAUGUCCCUCAACUAUCUGUUCACAAUUGUCUUUCUGGCCUUUCCGCUCACAGUAGUGCCAGCACUUCCGGUACUUCCGGAGCCGGAUCCGGCUUCCAUCCAACCCUUCUCGGUAACCCCAUCGCUGGCAGCCACCAUACCGGCGUUCCCUGAGCAAUCUGACGUCGCCGGCUGCCCCCUGGACCUCCCCGACGAGCUCUUUCACGGCGUCAGAUCCGCAUGCGCCGUCAGAUCCCGAUCGAGUGAUCAGCUCCUCCGGAGCAGGUGCUGCCCGGUUCUCGCCGCCUGGCUCUACUCCGCCUACUCGGAGACGGCUCUGGGAAUUAGACCCAACAGGGUGCCCCAAACAGCGUCGUCGUACGACCUCCCCCUCCUCCCCGACGACUCGGAGACCUGCGUGGUCGGCUUCCGAAAGGCUCUUAACGACAGAGGCAUAGAAUUAGCGGAGCCAAACAAGACCUGCGACAUGGCGAGCUGUUAUUGCGGCAUAAGAUUGCACCCGCUGAGCUGCCCGGCAGCGUUCACCGUGUCGGAAAACGGGAAGCUCAUCGGUGAUCGUAAGAGUGUUAAGAGAUUGGAGAGAGAUUGCUCCGCUGGUCCGGGCCUUGCUGGGUGUUCCAAGUGCUUGAACAGUCUCUACAAGCUGAAGGAGCACAAAACUGGAAAUACAAGCAAAUCCGAGGACAGGACGAGCAAAAUGCACGAUAGAGACUGUGAAGUAAUGGGCUUGACUUGGCUACUUGCAAUGAACCGGUCCGCUUACAUUCACACUGUUUCUUCAGUCCUGAGAGCCAUCAUGAUGGGAACGGACGGCUCCGAUCCUCACUCUUGCAGUCUUAACAUUGACGGAAUGCCCCUAGCUGUUGAUUCUUCUGAGGUUGACGUCCAGUCUUCAUCAAACACCCUCCAUUUACCGGAUGUUCUCUCUGCAAUAUUGAUUUCAUUGCUUUGCACGAGCCUGAUUGUAUCAACCGCCAAGUUCUAACGGCUCCAUUCUCUGCGUUACUACCGUGUAUUUUCCGAUUUCUAGUUUAUCAGCAGUUAUUGUCAUUCUUUUUUCUGGAACAAUGCAGGUUAGCUUCUUUAAAUUCGUAACUGCCAGUUCUUUCAAUCUCCUUAUUGUAAUUAUUUGAGUGAAUUUAUUUUUCAUGUAUGGUGGUAUGUUUAGUUAAUCCGCCAGUACCAUUUCCCAUGCUUUAAAUGCAAUAUUUUAAGGUGACGUA